AUGGAAAUGCAUGACAUUGAUCCAUGGCAUCUAGGCCCCUCGCAGCAUUCAGUAGAUGAUGGAGGCCUGCUUCUCUCCAUACCAGCUCUGCCUCCUACCAUCUGCAAUGAUGCCGCAACCACGCUGAAGAUUAAAAUCUGCAAUGUUGGCUGCUCUGUGGGAACAUUUCUGCACACCCCUGUAUUGACCCGUCGAGCUUUUGCAUUUGUUAGAUGUGGUGAAACCAAGAAAGCUCUACAAGAUGCAGAAACUGCUAUUGUUCUGGACAGCUUAAACCCUGAUGUGUACUGUGUCAGAGCUCUAGUGUGGUGUACAAUGCAAAGGAAAGAGGAAGCUAUUAAAGAUUUAAAUUACAGCCUGCGUCUCAAUCCAUCUCAUGUCUGUUCUCUUAUUCUACGAGGCAACAUCCAAAAGUACAUAGCACUGGAAAAAAAUGGAUGCAUGACACUGAAUAAUGAUCACGAAAAGGCUUUGCAAAUAAACUACUCCUCCCUUCGAUUUGUACAUAUAAAGGACUUUAACAGCCUUCAUAUAUCUGAGUUCUACCAUAGUUUUCUGUGGUCAUUAAAUGUACCGCACACAGUGGCGAGCCUUCCAUGUGUUUGCCCUUCAGUGCAUGAUGCCUCAGUCCAUAUAAAAAGAAUAUCUUCUGCACCUGGCUCCGAGAGGUCCCCAGAAGGCUACCGUGAGGCCUCCAGCAAGCACGGCACCUUAUGGCAUUUUGUAGUUAUAAAACAGGAAAGGAAGCAUCACAGCCUGGUAGACCGCAUGGCCCAGCCACCAUCGUGA